GUAAAGGAGACUAUAUUGAACGCUUUAGUUCUGUUUAAUGUAGUUUCAUAUAAAUUCCAAAUAUAUCAACAGGUUUAUCGUCAUGAAAUGAGAUACAACAUAAGUUUUAAGUCAUUCUGUUAAGUUUCCAUCAGUAGGUGACGAGCCGGGCUCAUGUUUUGAAAACUUCCAUCCGUCACGAGGGUCACCGAGGGUCUUUGUUUUAUGGUGUCUUAGUCAUUUAUUUGAAUUAACGAGGCUUCACGAUGACUGGUGCUGAUGAUGAAAUGUUCAACACAGUUCAGCGGUACAAGAUUUUGGCUGAAAACAAAGAAAAUCAAGCAGCAAUGAUAAAGGAUUCUGCUGUUGUCCAGUUCUUGGUAUAUGUUUUAGAAGGAACCUCAAUUGCUGUGAGAGAUACCGCCAUGUCAACUUUGGAGCUGCUCGGAGAGAACAUAAAACUUCGCCCCACCCUAAGAAAGACAUUUGGUGUCAUGGAGUCCUUAGAAGCCAUCGCCAGCAGUUCUGCUCCUGAAGAGGUAAAUUUAGCAGAACGAGCCAGAAAACUUCACAGCAAACUUGAACAGUCGAAUAAUGUUGUGUGGGAGGUUCCUAAAGAAGUACUUCUGCGCAUCCCAGAAUUAUCUUCAGAGGAUUGCACAGAAAUUUGGCAAGCAUUAUCAUCAGUGCGGGGUGUUGUCUCUUGUCAGUUCAAUCUUGAACUUCAAACAUGCACCUUAACGGUUUUUAGUAGUAUGAACCCACAAUCUUUGGUGCAAAUCCUUUCCAACCAGUGUAGUUUGGAUGCUGAGGUGGUCAAGCCUGGCUCUCAGGUAAGCUCUCAGGAUUCUGUCCCAGACCUCCCUGCAUACCUGCCUGAAGAAGACUCACCUGUGGUGCAAAAGAAGGCUGUAGCAAGACGAAGGCCUAAACGAAGGGAGAGCAGCUGGUUCACAAGAGCUGCUAGUGUUAUUGUUGAUUCAUUCUUUUGGUGAAUUGACUUUGGCAUGACAAUUCAUGUCUUGCUUUGAAAUUUUAGCUUUUGACUUGUGCAAGCAUUUGAGGUUUUGAUUUUGUAACAGACCCGGUGACAAUUUCAUUUCACCUUGUGAUUGCCUUUUCCUCUUGCACUUUGUGGCAGUUGUCCUCUUCUUUUGCAAUGUUUUCCUGGUUGUUAUUAAUACAUUUCUUUAAUGUAGCUUAAGACAUGAAAGCUUGCUGUGAGGGAAUGAAAAAGUAGACUGAUAGUUUUAAUUCACUUGUAAAUUUUGAGCAAACUCAUCACACUUAUUUAUUUGACA